AUGGCAUUCACAUUCAGAGAUUCGGAGCUGGCAGGCCACCUCCUGUCGCAGCUGAACGGCCUCAGACAGAGCCGGCUGCUGACUGACGUGUUCCUCUGCAGCGAGCAGCGGGAGUUCCCCUGUCAUCGCUCCGUCCUGGUCUCCAGCAGCCCGUACUUCAGAGCCAUGUUCUGCAGUAACUUCUUGGAGAGCAGCCAGGCGCGUGUCAACAUCCAGGGGAUCUCCUCCGAUGUCCUCAGUGACAUUGUGGACUACGUGUACACAGGCUCCAUCAGCAUCACUAUGGAGAAUGUGCUUCCUCUGAUGCAGGCGGCCUCCAUGCUGCACUAUGUGGGUCUGUUCGAGGCCUGCUCCUUGUUCCUCCAGAAGCAGCUGAGCCCAGAAAACUGCCUGAGUAUGAUCCGCCUGUCAGAGAUUCUACACUGCGACAGUUUGAAAGAACGGGCAAAGGAGACAGCUGUGAGGAGCUUCUCUGAUGUGGCAGUGUCUGAGGACUUCUGUGAGCUGUCUCUGCCUGAACUCAUGUCGUACUUAGAGGAUGACCGGCUUUGUGCUGAAGAGGAGCAGGUUUUUGAAACUCUUUUGGCGUGGAUACAUCAUGACCCCUUCUCUCGGCGUGGGGCCAUACACGACCUGUUCAAAAGAGUGCGUCUGCGUUACAUACAUCCCACAUAUCUUUUCCAGUUCAUAGCCAAUGACCCUCUGGUGCAGUCGUCUACUCUCUGCACUGAAAUUAUAGACUCUGUACGCCGUCUCAUGCUCUCGGUCAGCACUAAAUGCAGCCGGGAGCUCAAGCCAUUGUGGACCACACCAAGACGCUACACCUGCGAGGAAACAUUAGUGGUUGUAGGAGGAAGGAAGAACAAUGAACAGACUUCUCGAGAGGCUUUGUUGUACGAUGAGAGAACUCACCGGUGGCAGUGGUUGGCUAAGCUUCCACUGCGGCUGUACAAAGCAGCUUACGUGUGCAUCCACAGUAUCCUGUAUGUGCUGGGAGGACUCAGCCUCUGCACGGCCUCAGGAGAUAGUACAGUUAGUGCAACAGUUUACACUCUCUCACUUAAGACCAACCAGUGGAGGACAGCGGAGCCCAUGUUGCAGCCUCGCUAUGCCCACCAGAGUGUGUCCUUCCUGCACUUCAUCUUUGUGUUAGGGGGCAUAGGCAUGGAUAAGAAAAUAACUCCAUCUUUGGAGAGGUAUAACAGUAUGUUUAACCAGUGGGAGUCCAUGGCCCCAAUGCCCACCGCGGUCCUGCAUCCUGCUGCUGUUGCUAACGACCAAAAGAUAUAUGUGUUUGGAGGAGAAGAUGCGAUUCAGAAUCCAGUCAGGCUGAUUCAGGUAAAUAAAAGUUACACUCGACGUAUGAUCGCCUACGACACCAAAGCCAACAAGUUUGUCAAGUGUGAGAAUCUGAAAGUGCGGCGGAUGCACCACAGCGCCACCGUCAUCAACAACAAACUCUACAUCACAGGAGGCCGCGUUCUCAAUGCUAACGACAUCAUCGAGGACUCCGAUUGCUUCGAGUGUUACGACCCUAAAACCGACGUGUGGACUUCUAAGGGCUCUUUACCGUAUAAACUCUUUGACCACGGCUCACUGCCUCUCGUGUGCGUUACCAACAGACCAAACCCGCCGUGA